AUGGUGCUGCCCAUGGGUUGUGAGAGCUUUCGUGACAUCGUCAAGCAGGCAGCUUCCGAAUGGCACUUUGCGUGGCAGGAGUCAUGUGAGGUUGGUCAGAUGCUCGGCAUGAACUCGCUGUCUGCCUUAUCCCCGAACUGCAAGGUCGAUGGUUGCACACCUGCACGGCCGGGUGUGUCAAAAACUCGAGAAGAUGCAGCCCAUAACUUGGUUGGCAGCAACCCUCAGGAGGAACAACUUGAUGAGUUGGAUGCCAUCCGAAAGAUUCGCGCUGAUCGCUACAGCCGGCACCAAGCGGUAGUGAACAUUCCCACGCCAUUGAAGACAAGCUCGGUGGGUCCAUCGCUUGAGCUCAGCAACCCCGGCGAAGCAACCGCUGUCCGAACGCCUCCCUCGGCUACACGAGCUCACUCAAGCUCGGCGCAGCCGGCGGAUGCCGCAGAGAAGGAGGACGCGUGUCAUGGACUUCAGUGCUGGCCCACCGAAGCUCUGCAGGCUUGUCUUGAGGAGCAUGGCUUGGAAUGCCCAGACGGCCUCCUGGAUCGUGCCGUGCUCUGUGAGCUUGUCGGGAGCUUGAUCGAAAGAGGAGAACUGAAGGACGUCGGUGCGGCAAGGCCAAUGCACACAACGAAGAAUCAGAGGCCUCGAGCUUCACGCGACAGUUGGCGAGCCCCUCCUCGAGAUAGUCAUGCCUGGACAAUGGUGGAUGAUGCAGCCGGGGAGGUCCUUCGCUGUAUCGCUGAGCAUACGGUGACCCUCCUCGUAGCCCCGACAGGUUCAGGCAAGUCCACCGGGGUGCCCCGGCUGCUGCUUGAAAAUGAAGACUGCACGCAGCCCCGGAGGGUUGCCACCGCGAGCCUGGCGAAGCUGCUAGCCGACUACACGGCCUCCGAGGUCGGUGAGCUCGUGGGCUUUCAGGUCGGAGGGCACCGCGAAUGGACGCAGCUGGUUUACGUGACGACGGCCAUUGCGAUGCUGAUGUGCCUGCAAGGAGAUGUGCACAUCGACGCCCUGCUGAAUAUCUUGAAGGGCGAUGUGUUGCCUCAAGACGCCACCAAGAAGGUCAUACUGAUGUCGGCGGCGACCGAUGUGCCAUUUCUCCAGCAUUAUUUCCAGAAUUUCUCGCUUGGCUUCGUCGAUUUGGAAAGGGGGCGAAAGCAUCGACUGACGCUUUCCUAUGCAGAUGGAUCCUUCCUGCGCAGUCUGACCCCGGUUUUCCUUCCUGGUCGCCAAGAGGUGCACGCACUAGCAGAUCGUCUCACGGCUGUGACAAACAUGGAGGUCCAACGGCUCUUUGGCGGCCAGGCACUGCACUUGCAGCAACGCGCUCUUCGUUUUCGGGCGAACGGAUCCAAGCGCUUGGUCAUCCUUGCGACGGAUGUUGUGGAGUCGUCAGUGACAAUGCCAACGGUGGACUUGGUCAUCGACACCUGCCUUCACAGACGGCGGCGCUGGCAUCCUUUGCUGAAGGAGAGCCCACUGACCCUCGAACUCAUCAGCCAGGAUGAGGCUCUGCAGCGAAGUGGCCGCACGGCGAGGCUCCGUGACGGCCAUGCAUUCCGAUGCAUUACGGAGAUGGAGUUCGGGCGGCUUCAGCAGCAUGCAGAGCCCGACAUUCGCCAUCAUCCACUAGACAGCUUGGUUCUGACGGUCUACGGCUUUCGGGGCCUGUCCAGAGCUCCGGAGGAUUUUCUGGCCGCCAUGCCCAGCCCUCCUGAUCCUGGCAGAGUCAAGUCCUCCAUUUCUCGCCUUGAAGAGUUGGGCGCGCUGGGAUCAGAUGGAAGGCGGCUGCUAACUUGGCAGAAGGGCAAGGGCGGCAAGGGGCUGGUCAUCAACGGCCUGCGGUAUGACGUGGUUGCGGACUGCUGCGUUAUGGCAGCCAUUCUGCAGCAGGGCAGCCCAUUCGAGGCUCCCACCCUGGAUGAUGGCACUUGGAAUAUGCAGCGGGCUUUGCAGUACUGGGAAGCUGACAGCGAUGGAUAUCCUUCCGACUUGCUUCAAGAUCUAAGGGGCUACCAUGCUUGGUGCAGGCAAGUGCAGAGCGCCGGCGAGGCUUGGGCUAUUGAUCAAGGCCCUCAGUGGUGCUUGCACCACUUUCUUAGCUUUGAACGCCUUCAGUCCAUCGACGAGGUGAAGCGACAGAUUCUUGUCAUUCUGCACCAGCACGGUUAUGAGGUUCCGGCGAUGCAGAGCUUGCCGAUGCAGCGCAACCAACGAAAGCGCAUCGACAGAAUUGCUGCCUGCGUUCCGGAGUUUGCAGGAUGCAAGCCACCGUCGCUUGCUGCAGUGGUGAUUCUCGGCCGCACAUCUGCUCUGGAGGCUUAUCACGACAGCAUCGCUGCUUCCUUCAUUCAUGGGAUGCUGUCGAUGCAGAGCUCUGCAUGCACGGAGCAGGUGCUCAUGCAACGGUCGAAACUGACCUUGACCUCGCUUCUGGAUGUUACGAACCUCGACUGCUUUGCCGUGGGUGAAGCUCUGCUGUACACAAGCGAUUGGGGACAUAGCAAGAGUUCCGUUUUCAAAGGCCUCCCGAACCAGAUCCGCCUAGCUGCCUGCAGCAAGCAUAGUCACGGGCGGAAGCGUGUCGAGCUUGUCAAGUUGUUGCGGCGGGCACGAACAGAGUGCAGAGCCGCGAAGCUGGGGCAGACAGAGGUGCAGCUCCGGGGCAGCAGUUCUGUUUGCAAGUUGAAGGCCGAGUCUUUGGUUGAGCCGCAGGUGCGAGAGGACUGCGAGAUUAUCACAGCCGAUGCGCUGCCCGUGAAAACAGGCAGAGGUUUCAUGUAUUUAUGUUCCAAGAAUACCAUGGUUCCAUCUGGGCUGCUGCCGUUGGUGGUGCUGGCAACCUACUGCAAGCAGGAGGCCCAGCAGAGCUCAGCAUCGGAGUUCAAGCUGAAGGUCCGCUUCCAUGGGAGCUGGGAGGAAUUCAGUUUGCAAGCUCAUGAUCUGCGGGUGUUCAGCGUAAUUGAAGAAGUUCGGAACAACAUGGACAAGGAGUUUGGACCACACAUCUCCCUGACUCGACGCAAGCAGAUUACUGUAGAGCGGGCUGCAUCUGUUCGGCGUCUGAUGGACCAAUUGCAUGGUGGAGAACCUCCAGUGCGAAGUAUGGUUAGGCCAAGCGAGGAUUUUGUGACGAGUUUGUUGCCCUCUUUAAGUUCUCUUGGGCUGCAAUUUUGA